AUGGGAAAGUUUAUAUGGUUACGUCCAAUCCGUAGUCUCCUCUUUGUGCUGUUCUUUCUUUCCGUAGUCGAUUCUUUUUUGAGUUUGUCUUCCUCUUCUGUUAAUCCUACCCCUUUGUGUCUACCAGAAGACACCUCCGCCUUGCUCCAAUUCAACAACACCCUAUUCAUUGAUGAAUCUGCUCAUGAUUUAUGUGCAUAUCCCAAAACAAAAUCUUGGAAUGAAAGCACGAACUGCUGCACAUGGGAGGGAGUCACUUGUAAUAAAGUAACUGGUCAGGUGAUUAGCCUCGACCUUAGUUGCUCUAUGCUUACCGGCUCACUUUCCCUAAACACCAGCCUUUUCCGCCUUCAAGGGCUCAAACGGCUCGACCUUUCUUUUAACAAUUUCAGUGGUUCGAUUCCAUCUGGGUUUAGUCAGUUAGUAAGUCUGACAUAUCUUAAUUUUUCUGGUUGUUCCUUCUCUGGUUCAGUUCCGUUAGAUAUUUCUUUGCUAUUAAAAUUGAUUUCACUUGAUCUUUCUACAUAUGAUUUGAAAUUUGAUAGGCAAAGUUUUGACAUGCUUACGCGCAACUUCUCUAAAUUAGAAAAUCUUGUACUUGACCUGGUAAAUAUGUCUGAUUUUGUGCCUACCUCCUUCAUGAACUUGCCUUCAUCUCUUAGGCAGUUGGGGAUUAAGUUUUGUAAUUUGAAGGGGAAAUUCCCUACAGAAAUAUUCCAGUUUCGGUACCUAGAAUAUGUUGAUCUAAGCUUGAACUCUUUGACAGGUUACCUCCCUAGCUCCAAUUGGAGUAGUCACCUCAAGUACAUUGACCUUAAUGAUAAUCAAUUUAGAGGGUCAAUUCCUGCAUCCAUUGGAAACCUCACAAAAAUCACCUUUCUGGAUUUAUCUAAUAAUGAAUUCCAAGGUCAACUUCCCUCUGCACUUUUUAGCCUUAAACAGCUUACUGAUUUAGUGUUAUCAAACAACAGUCUAGAGGGUUUACUCCCGACUCAUGUACGCGGGUUUCAGGAUCUAAAAGUUUUGUGUUUAAGUAAUAAUUUGUUAACCGGUGCAAUUCCAUCUUGGCCUUUUACGUUGCCAUCUUUGGAAGAGUUAGACCUCAGUGGUAACAGGCUCUCUGGUCCUAUCAACCAGAUUCAAAAGCCUAAAUCAGUUCAAAAGGUUGAUUUGGGCUACAAUAAAAUCCAUGGUGAAAUACCGAGUUCGUUCUUUGAUCUUGUAAAUCUUACUGAACUUGAUCUUUCAUCAAAUAAUUUUAAUGGUGUAAUCAACUCAGUUAUGUUUUCAAAGUUAGAGAAUCUUUUAACACUUGAUCUUUCAUCAAAUAGUUUUAGCGGUGUCAUCAAGUUAGAUGUGCUUUCAAAGCUAAAGAGGCUUAUGAAACUUAAUCUUUCAAACAACACAUUGCUAUCAUGGAGUACUGGCAGUGGCUCUAACACUACUUUUCAAGAGCUCGAUACUUUAUACUUCUCUUCUUGUAACGUAAGGCAAUUUCCAAAUUUCUUACGAUCAGCCAAAAACUUGAGCCUUCUCGAUCUUUCUAAUAAUUCAAUUCAAGGUUCAAUUUUCAAGUGGGAAUCAGAAGAUGCGAAAACAUCAAAGGAAGCAUGGGGAAUUUUGCAAAAAUCCCUUCAAGGAGUGGAAAAGGCCAAAAAGGUACAUUUACAAAGCCUUAGAGCCGAAUUUGAGAUGUUGAAAAUGAAACCAUCAGAAAGUGUUGAUGACUAUGUUAUCCAAGUGAAAGCGGUGGUAAAUGAAAUGAAAAGAAAUGGAGAAACACUUGAUGAUGUCAGAGUAAUGGAAAAAAUUUUGCGGUCAUUAAGACACAAAUUUGAUUAUGUGGUGGUUGCCAUUGAAGAGUCAAAAGAUUUAUCACAAAUAUCAAUCGACAAACUUAUGGGUUCCCUCCAAGCCCAUGAGCAUAAAAUGAAGCUAAAUGAUGAUACUGGAAAUGCGGACCAAGUCUUGCAAAGCAAGUUGUCCUUCAAUGAAAGUGGAGCUAGGGAUAAUUUUGGACAAGGUACGAGCAAUCGUGGAGGAUACCGUGGAGGAUAUAGAGGCAAAAAUAGAGGUGGAAGAGGAACACGUGGACGAGGAAAUCAAUCAUAUGGUAAAGUCCAAACAAGUGACGAAUAUCAAACAUCAAGUCGUGGACAAGGAGCUCGAGGCCGAGGUCGAGGUAGAGGUAGAUUUCAACAAGGAAAUAAAUCUCAAGUACAAUGUUAUAGUUGCAAUAAAUAUGGCCAUUAUAGUUACGAGUGUAGAUCAAAUCCCAAGAUGGAAGAGAGAAAUCAUGUAGCAGCACGUGGAAUCUAG